GACCAACAUAAAAAUAAUAUUAGACCAUUUUCACGACUGCUGUGAGGCGUAUUGUGUGGAGUUAGAUUACAGAUAAUCUUGAUGACGGCGCCGUCAUUAUAAAUCGUAACACCCCAUAAACAAGGCAUGGGAGCUGGUUCCAGUCAACCCAGUGAGAAUGAUGAGCAGGCCAUCGUACCCCAGCAGGACAGGAGAAAGACCUCUAACAGGAGACACUCUGAGGAAACACUGGACUGCCCAACCUGCCAGGGCACGGGCCGCAUCCCACGAGGCCAGGAGAGCAAAUUGGUGGCAGUGAUCCCCUGCUCCGAUCAGAGGCUGAAACCACGACACACGAAGUUGUAUGUCACUGUGUCGGUGACGCUGUGCCUGCUGGUCAGCUCGCUGGUCCUCUUCUUCUUGUUUCCUCGCAGUGUCAUCCUCUCACCUGGGGCUGUCAAGUCUGUCUAUGUUUACUUUACCCCGACCACUGUCCAAAUGAACAUCACGAACAUCCUGAAUAUUACCAAUGACAACUUUUUUACAGUUCAGGCCUACAACUUGACAGUGCAGGCUCUUUUUGAUAAAACGGUUGUGGGCAAGGCUAAUGUGAAAAAUGUCACCACCGUCAAACCACUCACGGACAAAACGUUUGCCUUUGAGAUUCCUGUCACGCUAGUGGAGGAGGGUCUGAACAAUUACUGCAAGAAAUCUACGAUCAAGAUCCACACGUUAUUUGUCCAUCUUCAGAUGUCAAUGACUGUCUACUACCUGGCCCACUUUGAGCAGCUUUCCCUGGACACGUUUGAAUACAUCGACUGUGGGUCUAACACCACAACACCCCACCUCAUCAACCCUACACCCUGA